AUGGCAGAAUCACAUUCUGAUGCUGAUGCAACAUGCACCGAAGGUGGUAAUAUAUCAAUAGCCAUCAUCGGUAGCAAAGUGGAUGUAAAGACACUAGACAACCAAUACAUAAAUGCAACCACACUCGAUGCUGUUUAUACUCGCUGUCCAUUAGUAAAACCACUGAUACAAAAAGCUGUUAUUAAAGGAAUUGGUGGUGAAAGAGAUGAGCAGGAAGUUCGCGAUAUUAAACCAGAAUCUCCACAUAUUCUGCUGCAUUGUUGGACCAAUGAGAGAUUUUUGGACGUUUUACAAGAUCAUGAAUCUGGGAAACUGAAGAAAUGCUUACGGAAAGAGUUGUCGAAUGUUGGAGUUAAAGUAGGAGAAUUAGUGGUUGAGAUUAAAAACAUGGAAGAAGUGAACAAAACAAAGGAAGCUAUAAACACGAGGUAUAAGAUAUACGCUAACUAUACUACUCUAAAAACACCCAAUAUUGUGAUAGUCACUCGUAUAAAUAACAAACUUUAUUUAUCUUUUUAA